UUGAGGAAAAACCUGGAGACAUAACAUGUCAUGGGUUUGACAUGCGGGCCUUUCGGUGGACACAGGUGAUGAUAUUUGCGAUUAAUGAAAUCAACAGUGACAGCGCUUUACUUCCAAACAUCUCCGUAGGAUACAGGAUCUUUGAUUCGUGUGCCUCUCCUACUAAUACGUUACGUGCUGCCCUCACACUCCUGAGUGAGUCUAACGGAGAGGGAUCUACCACUCAGUGCCACUCACCUGUGUCUGCAUUAAUAGCAGAGUCGGGCUCAUCUCAGUCAAUGGCUCUGGCUGGAACGUUUGGGCCUUUUAACUUGCCUAUGGUGAGCUACUUCUCCACGUGUGCCUGCCUCAGUGACAAAAGUAAAUAUCCCACGUUUUUCCGAACAAUACCAAGUGACUUCCACCAAGCAAAAGCCCUGGCCUUCCUGGUGAAAAGGUUUGGAUGGGACUGGAUAGGAACAUUGCAGUCAGACAACGACUAUGGCAGAAAUGGACUGUCAGCAUUUAUCUCCGAGGUGGAGAAACUGGGGGUUUGCAUUGCCUUUACCGGCACUGUUUUACGAACAUACCCUCAUAGUAAAAUACUGGAGGUGGUUGAUAUGAUUAAAGUGUCAACGGUAAAGGUUAUACUCGCUUUCGUGCCUGAGGGGGACCUCCAUCCAGUGAUGAAAGAGGUUGUGAGACAAAACAUAACUGGAAUUCAGUGGAUCGCGAGUGAGGCUUGGAUAACUGCUGCUCGGCCAUCCACUGUAGAGAUGUUUAAAUCUUUCGGAGGAACGGUUGGUUUUUCAGUACGCAAGAUGGCCAUUCCAAAGCUGGAGAACGCUCUUAAAAACAUUAAUCCCCGUUCCCAGCCAGGAGCUGUAUUUGUGGCCAGGUUUUGGGAAAGUCUGGUGGGUUGUAAGCCAUUCGAUCAUGUUGGUGUGUCAUCCAGCAUCCCUUACUGUCGCGGGGAUGAAACUCCUGACUUGACCAGUGUAUUCUUCAAUGUCACUCAGCUGAGAGUUUCCUAUAAUGUUUACAAGGCCGUGUAUGCUAUUGCACAUGCCAUACAUCGGCUAAUAUUUUGUGAACGGAAUUCACCGACAGACAAGUGCUUAAAUGCAUCACAGAUCAGUCCGAAUCUGGUCACAGAGCAGCUGAGACAAGUGAAAUUUGUAGAUGAAUUUGGAGAGAUGGUGUUCUUUGAUAGAAAUGGCGACCUUCCUCCCUCCUACGACAUCAUCAACUGGCAGCUGAGGCAGGGUGAGGUGCAGCAUGUCACCGUGGGUUACUUCAGCACCACUGAGGAGGGGGCCUACCAGCUUGUCAUACGAGAGGACGACAUUAGGUGGAGCACUGGGAAAGUGGUGCCACGUGCUGUGUGUUCAGAGGUAUGCCCUACCGGCACGAGGAGAGCCCCAAUUAAAGGAAGGCCAAGCUGCUGUUUUGACUGUGUCCCGUGUGCAGAUGGGACCAUUAGUAAUCAGACCGGGGCAUUGGACUGCAGCACUUGUCCUAAAGAAUACUGGUCCAACGAGGCGAGAACCAGCUGUGUAUUGAAGUACAUUGAGGUGUUGUCCUUCACCGAGACCCUUGGAAUAGUCCUGACAGCUGUGUCUCUGGCCGGUGCCUUCCUGACUCUGUCCACUGCGGCAGUCUUCCUCCUGUUCCGUCACACGCCGCUGGUGAGGGCCAACAACGCGGAGCUGAGCGCCCUGCUGCUCCUCUCCCUCUUCCUCUGCUUCCUGUGCCCUUUGACCUUCAUCGUCCAGCCCACCACCUGGUCCUGCAUGUUGCGUCACACAGCGUUUGGCAUCACCUUUGCCCUCUGCAUCUCCUGCGUUCUGGGCAAAACGCUGGUGGUCGUCACAGCCUUUCGUGCCACGCUGCCCGGCGCGUCUAAGUUUGGCCCCGUGCACCAGAGGGUGAUUGUGUGCUCCUGCACUGCGGUCCAGGUGUUUAUUUGUAUACUGUGGCUGGCUAUCACGCCGCCCUAUCCCCAGAGAAGGCACAACAACCGAAAGAUUAUCGUAGAGUGCAAUACGGGGUCGGACACAGCUUUUUACUCUGUUUUGGGAUACAUUGGCUUUUUGGCAGGUGUGUGUUUAGUUGUGGCGUUCUUGGCGAGAAAAUUGCCAGAUAAUUUUAACGAGGCCAAAUUUAUUGCGUUCAGUAUGCUUGUGUUUAUUGCUGUGUGGAUUACCUUCAUACCUGCUUAUGUGAGCUCGCCAGGAAAAUACACUGUUGCCGUGGAGAUAUUUGCUAUUUUGUCCUCUGCUUUUGGCUUACUUGUUUGUAUUUUUGCUCCAAAAUGUUAUAUUAUUAUAUUUCAACCUGAGAAAAACACCAAGAAACAUAUGAUGGGUAAAGUGCCUAAGAAUGGCAUUUGAUGAGGUCACACCUAAUGAAGUGGAUUGUUGUUGCAGUCAAGGGUGUGGUAAUUUGAAUUUGCUUUGAAUAUUGCAUAUGUAGAUUCUCUAAUGCCUUCUUGAAUAUGUGUUGUCAUUCACUUAAGCAUUUGAUGAGAAGUAGAAAAUGGUGAAAUUGCACUAUAAAAAGAAUUAUUAUAUUUCACUCUGAGAAAAACACUAAGAAACAUAUGAUGGGUAAAGUGCCUAAGAAUGGCAUUUGAUGAGAUUGCGCAUAAUGAAGUGAAUUGUUGAGGUCAACGGCAUUUGGUAUGGUCAUUUGAAUUUGCUUUGAAUGUUACAUAGAAACAGUACUCCAAUGGCUUACCUUAAUGUCUGUUGUCAUUCAUUUAAGCAUUUGAUGAGAAGUAAAUGGUGAAAUG